AUGAAUUCUUCAGGAGAAAAUCAACUUGAGAUGGACGUUGAUGCACCUACCGGAAAUCCUUCGGUCGCUCGUUCUGUGAGAUCGACUCCAAGUCUCAGGGGAAACAAUGUUCUCUUACGUAGAUCACCUCCCCGGACUAUUAGCGAAAACCUCAAUCGUCAAAGAGGGACUCAAGGUCAACACCCAAGCAUCCAGCAGCUUCGUGAGGAGGACAUCGCUAAUAGAGGAGCACGGGCUAACCAACAGCCUGCGCAAGAUAACAACCCACAGCCUGUGCAAGCUAACAACCCACCAGCUGCACAAGUUAAAAAUUCGCGGGUGACUCCUAUCGACUUGACGUUACGUGAGCGUUUCCAGGAAUUGGAAAGGGAAAACAAGCGACUCAAGGUUGCAUUGGAGAAAAGAAAGGAGCUUGAAGAAGAAGCUAUUCCACAUUUCGAAAGUAAUAGGUCAAACCGUCAUUCUCAUCGAGAACGAUACGACCCACGCAAAGGGGACGAAGUUCUUGACGGUCGUCGGCUCAGUCAAAGUGAUGCAAGAAGAAGCGAGGAUGUCAGGAACGUUUAUCAAAGUCGCGAUCACCAUGAUGACGAUUAUUAUGAUCGUUAUGUGCCCGAUGAUGAUCAUUAUUACACGGCCGAGCAAGAUAGGCGAACCAGAUCAAGUCACAAGAAACAUAGACAAAGGGAUGACCAUAUCAAUGAUGAUCACUCGAAGAGGUCUAGACGUGAUAAAGACCUUUCUAAAAGGAGAAAGGAGUCUGACAGGAAUGAGCGGAUUCGCAGAGAAACUGAGGGAGACUCGGUGAGAGGCGAAGAAAUCAGCAAAAGAAUGCUUAGUGAAAUGAUUGGUGAGCUGUUAGCCCAAAAGCAAUCCAAAGAUGAAGAGCAACAAAUUUUAUCAAUGAAAAAAUCGAUGGACUCCCCAUUUGUUGAAAAGAUAAGGCGCUACCGCCCACCCUCGAAUUUCAACCAUCCUCAAUUCAAGGAGUUUUUCGACGGACGCAAUGGAAAUCCAGUGGAGCACGUCCAACGAUGUCAAGCCUCAAUGAGUUUGUGGAGCUUCAGCGACGAGCUACUCUAUAGAACCUUUUCAAUGACCUUGACGGAGAGCCUGACGAAAGUCUUUUUGAUUUUAGUAGGAGGUUUCGUCAGGAAGUUAAUGAAAUUGGAAAGGUGGACGAGGGAUUCGUAA